UCGAAAUCUGAGCAAACUAUGAACUCAAUUCUACAGUAUUUUAACUAAAAGUGUAUAUACAUCGAAAGCUCAAAACCAUGCCUCCUCACGAUAUAGCGACAAGGGCUCAAGCUCUAACCCUCAAGCUGCUUGGCGUAUCGAACCAGGAUAUCCAACGGCUAACUGGGAUCCACCCCAGAACCGUCCAUAACAUCAUGGACCGGGCGAUCGAACGAGGCCUCGAUCUAAACAAUCCGGUGAUCCUAGAAGUGCAUGUUAGAGACGGCCCGAGGCCAGGACGACCAAAGAAAAAAAGAGAACAGCUGGUGGAACAGAAUACAGUUGUUGGGGAACACAGAUCGCUUAUUGCUCUUCCGUCUGUUGAUUUAGAGAAAUAGUAAGCUUGAACGCUGCUAUUACGAGCCGAAGUUGCAUUUCUCUUCUAGGAACGAUAUAUCAUAAUGACACCACAACUUGACGAUGAUAACUGAUACAUAUAUAAUGAUAAUAGAAUCUUUGGAUUUGAAAUGGCGGGCUAUGUCGUUUUAUGCAUACCAGGCAUCAAUACAAACUUGUAUUGGCUUCAAUAAUACAUAUUCAUGCUCCCUGU